AUGACCACCAGUUCGCUUCAUCAACGCCAACUGACGGGCACCGUCGGUGGCAGUGGCGGCGGUGGAGGGGGCGUAUCAGGCAGCGGUGGUCACUCGUCGACCCGCAAGAAGAUCAGCCUCUCCUAUGUGAUCCGCGACGAGCAGGAGCGCUACCACCGCUCCGGCGUCAACUCGCUGCAGUACGACCCGCUGACGGGGCGGCUGUACAGCGCCGGCCGCGACUCGAGCAUUCGCAUGUGGAACCAGCUGUCGCAGCAGUCGGCAGUGCCCUUUCCGCCCGGGCGCGAGGACCCCUACCUGCACUCGAUGGAGCACCAUACUGACUGGGUCAACGACAUUGUGCUGUGCUGUGAGGGGCGGAACCUGAUCUCCGCCUCGAGUGAUACCACGGUGAAGGUGUGGAACGCCCACAAGGGCAUCUGCAUGUCGACGCUAAGGACGCACAAGGACUACGUGAAGACGCUCGCCUACGCCAAAGAUAAGGAGCUGGUCGCCUCUGCCGGCCUCGACCGAGCCAUCUACCUGUGGGACGUGAACACGCUGACACAGCUGACCAUGUCCAACAACACCGUCACGACGACCUCCUUUUCUGGGUCACAGGACUCGAUUUACUCUUUGGCAAUGAAUCAGCAGGGCAGCGGCAGCGUCAUCGUGGCGGGCAACACCGAGAAGCUGAUUCGAGUGUGGGACACGCGCACCUCGGGACAGCUGAUGAAGCUGCGCGGCCACACGGACAACGUCCGUGCGCUGCUGGUCAAUCGCGAGGGGACGCAGUGUCUGAGCGCCGGCUCCGAUGGCACCAUUCGCCUGUGGUCGCUGGGGCAGCAGCGGUGUGUGGCCACCAUUCGCGCCCACCAAGAAGGCGUCUGGACGAUGCAGACGAAUGAGGCCUUUUCGGUGGUGUACAGCGGCGGCCGCGACCGGCGGGUGGUGGCCACUGAGCUGCGACAGCCGGUCACCGGGCAGACUGUGAUAUGCGAGGAGAGUGCGCCCAUUCUCAAGCUGCUGCUCGCCAACAGCCCGCUCAACGCCAAGCCUGACUUUGUGAUUCGCGGCAAUCCUUCCAUUCGAACGUACGCAGUGCUCAAUGAUAAGCGGUACAUCGUGACGAAGGACACCGAGGACAAUGUGGCCAUCUACGAUGUGCUGCGUUGUCUCAAAACCGAAGACCUCGGCCGGGUGGACUUUGAGGCGGAGGUGAAACGCCGCUUCCGCACCGUCUACGUGCCCAACUGGUUCACCGUUGACCUGAAGAUGGGCAUGCUGGCGGUGCACCUCGAGGAGAGCGACGCCUACGCCGCCUGGGUCAGUGCACGGGAGUUUGGCUUUACGCUGGCCAACUCGGCUGCUGGAGCUGGUUCUUCAACGGGGACCACCUCUGGAGCCAGUGACAGCGACGACAAUGGCAGUCAGGCGCCGCCGCCCGACACCAAGGUCAACCUGGGCGGUCUGGUCUUGCAGGCGCUCUUUGAGUACUGGCCACAGUCGUACGUCACACUGCUGGACAGUCUCGAGAGCGUCGACGGCUCUUCAGCAGAGCACGGGCCGGCACAUCACACACACAAUGGCGGCGGCAGUGCUCUCCACCACCCUCACCACCCUCACCAUCAACACCAUCAACAGCAUCAACAACAGCAUCAGCCAAACAGUCUUCGGUCCUCAAUUACCAGCUCAGCUGGUCCCCUGCCUCCCUCGCACUACGCCCCCGAGCUGAACGGUCCCAUCAACCAGUACUUCAGCGUGCCGCCGCACACGCCCAUCAUCUUCAGUGAAAGUGGCACGGCCGGCUCCAGCGGCAGUGCCUCCACCGGCCAGGCGGUGGGCAGCAACCAGCGGACGCUGAUGCGCAUUAGGGUGAUGGAUGCGAAGCUGGAGAAUGAUGACGCAAUGCUGCAGGACACCGUCCCUGGCUGGAUCGCCGACAUUGUCGUUCAGCGGAAGCUGCCCAUGUUCAACAAAAUAUCCUUUUACAUCUUUCCCCACCCCUGUCUGGAGCUGAAGAACACUCGGAAGGAGCACUUUAGCGCCAUUGACAUGCUCCAGAUUCGAAAGGUCAUCGAGCACGUGUACCUGAAGAUUUGCAGCGGCGUCUUUGCCUCCGCCGGCAUGGUCGUCGAUCCGCCCUCAUCCUCUUCAGUCAAUGGAGGUGGUGGGGGUACCAGUGCUGCUUCCAGUACUACUGGUGGCGGCAACCACAGUUCAUCGUCGAUGGUCAACGGAGCCAGCUCCAGCAAUGGAACUGCUGUGAACGGCGGCAGUAGUCACUGUGGCUCCUGUUCCUCCAGCGCCAGUCAGUCCAGUCACAGUAGUGCCAGUAGCACCUGCAGUCAUGGUGGUACGGCCAAUAAUGGAGGCGGAAGCAACCAUCACCACCACAACCAUCAGCACAGUCACCACCAUCACCACCAUCAUCACCACCGGACAAAGGAAGGUGGCUCACCCCCGACGACGGGGAAGGAGGCGGCCAAAGGCGGUACUACUACUGCUACUACCACCGCCCAGACCAACACUGGCUCCAUUGGUCGGUCGUCGACGCACUCGAACAGCACCACCGGUGGAAAUCACCAUCACCACCAUCACCACAACCACCACCAAAACAGUGGUGAUGGCCAUGGUGGUGCAAAUGGCACCGAGGAGAACGGAAGCGUCAGUCGUGCCUCUCUGGCGGAAGAGCGCGUUGAACUGCUCUGCCAGGACGUGGUCCUCGACCCGAACAUGGACUUGAGGACGGUGAAGCACUUUAUCUGGAAGUCGGGCGGUGAUUUGGUGCUGCACUACAGGCCCGUUAAAGCAUAG